GAUUGGCCUAAAUCCCGGAACUUCCGUUCAUUUGCGUGAGUAAACAAACGGAAGCGAAUGCUGAGCGUAAUUCCUCUCAUAUUUACAUGUGGAGCCGUGAGUUUCGGUUCAAUCACAUGAAAGUAAAUUAUUAUCGAUAUUCUGUUCUUGAUAUACGUUAGUUGUGGAGAUAUGAACCGCCUCUAUGACAGCCAGGCUCGGUCGGGUCGCAGCCCUCCUCCUCUGUCUGGUUCAUCGCAGCUCUGUCAGACGUUGGACUCCGCUGCAGAGCUCAUGAUGGUCCAUGGAGAUUUCCAGACGGCUUUUGACACCUGCGACGCGGGUCUGGAGAGUAUGGGGCAGCUGGAAGCAGAAGAUAACAGGUGUGCAGAGUUAAAGGCUGGAUUCUGCAUGAUAGGGAUCCAGGCGCUGGCUGAGCUCAAUCGGUGGCGGGAGGUUUUCUCCUGGGUCAUGCAGCAUUAUGAGCACCAGGAACAUGUUCCUGCUAAGAUCAUGCAGCUGUGCAUCCUUCUUCACUCAAAAGUGGGGGCGCCUGCUGUGAUGCAAGAGGCCUCCCGGGUUUGGUUAAACUGCCCGUCAAACGUCGGAGCCUCUGGGUUCCGGUCUGUGGCAGAGCUCUAUCUGCUGCAUGUGCUCGUGCCUCUCGGACACUUGGAGGAAGCGCGGGAGCUCGUCGCCAGCGAGGUUGGCUGUGUCGCGUUCACAGAGGAGCAGAGACAAACUGCUUUGGAUGUUGUGGAGGAAAAAGCCAGACAGAGUCAAGAAGAUCCUAAAAAUCCUGGAGAUGCUUUAGAUGCUAAGAUCGCAGCACAUCCGGCCUCAACUCAAGGUGUUUUAAAAUUUCCACCUUUUAUGCAUCAUAAAAACUUACAUUAAUAGAAAUAACAGCAAGUGAUCCUACUGAGUGUGUUAUUUUUAUUUUUAGGUUCUUUACUCCAUAAACUUGAAGCCAUGCUCAGGGUUUUAUACAGAAGUUGCUUGAGGAUCGGCUCUUACUCUUUCCCCGUUCAGAAAGUCGUUCUUGCUUUUCUUCUCCUCUACAUGCUUUUGUUCCGAAUGGAUCCAGCCCUCCCAUCAUCCUUCAUGUGGAUUUCCAAACUUCUUCAGCUGAUUAAACAGAUGUGGAGCGCCAUGUUAGCACCACAUUAUCAGCCUCUCACGUAGAGGAGCAAAAUAAAUCACAACAUCAUUACAUAUUUAUUGAACAGUUUAUUAAUCUAUUUUACUACAUUGAUUGAAGAAGACAGGUUUUUAGAGUAUUAAUUCAGUUUUUGCUGUCAAGUUUAUUUCUGUAAAUAAAACACUUAUUGCUGCUGAA